ACGCAUAACAUCACUUAGUUAAAUCGGAAAUAUUCGCUCCCCAACUUUUAUUUUUAUUUUUAAUAUAAUGUUUUCCAAUGGAAUUGCAUGUAAUCUUCCAUUUAGUUGUAUGAACAUAAAAAAAGAUACAGGUUCAGAUGAAUUGCUAUCGAAAAUUGCCCGAGAACCGAUUAUUUUAAAUGUUUAUGAUAUGUACUGGAUAAAUGAAUACACCAAUAACUUAGGACUUGGUGUAUUUCAUUCAGGUGUUGAAAUUUACGGUACAGAAUAUGCAUACGGUGGACAUUCGUUUGAUAUAUCCGGUAUUUUUGAAAUACCACCCAGGGAUGCUGAAGAAUUAGGAGAACAGUUUCGAUUUCGACAAAGUGUUCAAAUUGGAUAUACUGAUUUCACUGAAGAUGAUGUUAAACGAAUAGUGACAGAAUUAGGCAAACAAUUUCGUGGUAAUCGUUAUCAUCUUAUGAAUAAUAAUUGUAACCAUUUCUCAGGUGCUUUUACCCAGAUUCUUUGUGGCCAAGAUAUCCCAUCUUGGGUAAAUAGAUUAGCGUACUUUAGUAGUUGUGUUCCAUUUUUACAACGAUGUUUACCAAAAGAAUGGUUAACACCGGUUGCAUUACAACAAUCUAUCACCCAUCAUCAAGAUAACACAUCAACUGGUUCAUCAGUGCCACAAGCCACAGACUUUACACCACUUUAACAACCAACAAUAUUCAUAAAUUUUGGUUAAACAUAAAAAAAGAAAAAAAAAAUAUUUUAAACAAAACAAAAAUUCAAA